UAACUCUUUAGCACUUUUGAAACUUGCAACUUCCUCAAACAGAGGCGACAAAAGUGAAAGGAACCAAAGUUUCAGUAUGUGUUGCGGAGCUGACACUCUUCGGGAAAAGCUGAAGACAUCAUGAGAAAUGGAGGAAAUCUAUGUCAAUGUUGAAUAUGCCAAAAAGCCAACAAAGCAGGAAGGUCUCGGGAGCUCUAAGAGCAGAUUUCAUGGAGCUGCUGUUCUCUUUCUGGGCCUGCUGAACCUUUUCCUGCUGGCUGGGAUCAUCGGCCUCGUAUACCACUACUACAACUCCGUACAGAGUGUAGCUGCAGACGCCUCUGCCGUCAGAGUCAACCAGACUCAGCGUCUUCAGGCCAGUGAUAACAAGGUUUCCUCCCUGACUGAGCAAAGGGACCGGCUGAAUGCCAGCCUCGCUGAAGUAACUAAAGAGCUGAACAAGAUACAGAAGAAAACUUGUCAUGCGGGAUGGAGGAUGUUUGGUUUUGCCUGUUACCACUUCUCCAGUGAGUCUGGUCCCUGGGAAAAGGGCAGAGAGGCCUGCAGAAACAGAAAAGCAGACCUGGUGGUCAUAGACAGUCCUGAAGAGCAGAUGUUCCUCACUAACUUCACCAGGGAAGACACUCUGGCCUGGAUUGGCUUGACUGACAGAGUCAAGGAGGGAACCUGGAUGUGGAUUGAUGGCGCUCCGCUGUCUCUACAGUACUGGAGGAAUGCACAGCCUGAUAAUGGUGGUGGACAAUUGGGGGAAGAGGACUGUGCCCAUAUGAGAACUGUGGGGAACAAUUUAAAGAACUGGAAUGAUUUGCCUUGUACAACCAAUCUGAGAUGGAUCUGCGAGAAAAGGGGUUAUACCAUUGGUGUGUAAUUAAUUUUGACAUUCAAAUUUUGGAAAUUAAUUUUUGGAUUGAAGGCUUGAGAGAGGGAAAUACAGCAUAAAUGUUCUUUACCUACAAUUCCUGACUGAGUUGAUAGUAAGGGAAAUAUUUUGCAAGUAUAUCAUCAAACUAUCUAAAGAUGGCUUGUGUCAAUAAAGGUUUAAGUAUUACAUUAAUAAAUUACACUUCUUGCUCA